AUGCCCGAUCUCAAUGUCAAGAUUGGGCAAACCAUCGAGACCCAAGAUAAAAAGCAAGGAAUCGUUCGGUACAUAGGCCCGUUGCACAUCGCUGCGGGAGAGUGGCUCGGACUUGAGCUUCCAGAGAACUCUGGAAAGAAUGAUGGCUCAGUGAAAGGAGAGCGCUACUUUCAGUGCACGCCUGGGUAUGGCAUCUUUGUUCGAAAGGAGUCGGCAGCUAGGAUUGUGAAGCAACAACCACAAGCUUCCAAGCCGCCUGGGCAACCCAUGUCAAAUGGCGCUACAGCAAAAUCACGAUCCUCAAGCGUAGUUCCAGCCGAUGUAGCAAGAAAGAGACAGAGCAUGAUGAGCGCAGGCUCUGGGUCGACAGUUGGGUCACGGUUGUCACUAAGAUCUCCUACAAAAUCCCCAACAAAGCCCACCCAGUCUGCUGCCAGCUCAUCCACCUCGACACCACGAACCGGCACGCCUGCAACCACCGCACGAACAUCGGAUUCCAGUACCAAGUCUCGCUCCAGUAUAACUGGCAGGCCCCUGAUGGGGCCUCCUGCAUCAACUUCUAGGACGACUACUACAACAGCUACAAACAGACAGUCACUUGGCGUUGCACCUAAACCGACGAUCACCAGACCAACAUCUAUGCCCCCUCGGCAGUCGACAGCAGGUACGAGGCUGUCAAUGUCGUCCAAAACCUUGGCUAGACCUGAAAAGAAUGAUCAACGUCCUGCCGUGGCUAUCGACCAGCACUCUCCACCCAUUGAAGAAGAGGAGGCUGUGACACAGGAAAUUCACCAUGCCGAAGAUGAUCCCCAUCAAGGAUCACCAGUUGGCCAUGACACCACAUCACCUGUCCUGUCCCCUCGCCCGCACUCGAUUGCAGUCCCUCGAAACGCCCCACCGAGCACUAUCCAUGAGGACCGAUCACGACAGGCUCAGGUGAUCAAACAGCUGGAGACUAAGAUUCGCGCAUUGCAGAAGCAGAAACAAGAGGACCAAAGUCAACUUGAGAAUAUUCAGGAUCUCCAGAACCAGACAGCAAGAUACGAAGGUAUCAUCCAGACUCUACAGAAGAAACUCAAGACAAAUCAACAAGAAAUUAUUGAAUUGAAGGCCAAGUAUGAGGAUGCCGAGGAUCGUGCUUCUAAACUUGCAGAGCCAAGUGCUGAACAUGAGUCCGAGCUGGAGCUUGCGACUCUCGACAAAGAAAUGGCCGAGGAACGUGCAAUGAUGUUCGAGACCGAGCUGGAAGCAUUAAAAUCAAAGCACGAAGAGCUGGAACUCGAAGUUGACAUUCUCAGGGAAGAAAAUCGGGAGUUGACGUCUGUCAUGACUCCGGAAGAAAGAGCUGGUUCGGGCUGGCUUCAGAUGGAACGCGAAACAGAACGGUUGAGACAGGCCUUGGUCAUGCUAAGGGAUAUGUCGCACCAAAAUGAAAACGAUUUGAAAAGCGAGAUCAAAGAAUUGCAGGAGACGUUGGACGAGUUGGAACAAGUCGCCUCGAAAUAUGAGGAUACUGCAACCAAACUCGGCCGCGCCGAAGAGACCAAUACGCACCUAAGAGAGCAAUUGGACGCACUUGAGACUAAUGAUGAGAUCCUGGAAGUGAUGGGAGCCGAGAGAGACCAGAACCGAAACUCAAUCGAAAAUCUCAAACGCCAGAUCCAGGACCUUGAGGAACACAUUCAAGUUACAGAUGAGCUCGAGGCAUUCCAUGUCGAGGAGGAGAAGCGACUCCAUCACCAGCUGGAUGAAAGCGAAGCAUUGCUGAAUGAGAGACUGCGGCGAACAACAGAGCAGGACAAGACAAUCGAAGAUCUUGAAUAUACCCUCAACAAAUUCAGAGAUGUGGUGCAAGGAUUGCAAAACGAUAUCGACGAACUUCGCCGAUCCCGUGACAUUAGUGAGCUCGAGGCUCAUGAGAUGAGCAGCAAGUCGAGAGCAAUGAUGGACCUCAAUCUCAAACUCCAGAAUUCCGCCGCCAAAAGCCAGUUGAAGGCGAUUGACUUGGAGCUCGGAAAAAUGCGUGCAGAGCAGGCCAGCUUACAUUUGGAAAUCGUUCAGCUCUUCAUCCCCGAUACAUUCGAGAUGGACAAACAGCCCAUCGUUGCUCUCCUGUGCUUUAAGAGGAUAAAGGCUAAGGCGCUACUGAGCAAGAAUAUCCUUGGCGAGAGGAUCCGGGAGAGGCCUGAACUUGUUCAGGAUGGCGUUUCGACGGUCUUCGCGGUCAUGGAGAAGAUGAAUUACAUUGCGAAUGUCUGUGAACGGUUUGUCCAGCACAUGUCAUCGUGCUCCGCUGAAAAUUUCAUGAAAUUCGGUGGAGCUCCCUUCGAAUUGGAGCCUGUUGAACAAGCAAUAACAAGCUGGGUUGAAGCAUUGCGCCGCGAUGAGCUCGCUCCCGAUGGAGCCGAACACCUUCAUCGCAUGGCGGGUAUACUGGUUGACAUGGCAGAGAAACUCAUCCUCGAAACUCAGGAGUCCAAGUCCACCGAACUCCUGGCUUCGAUGUCCAUGAUCGAGUGUUACACUGACACAAUAGGCAGCCAAGCUCAGUUGUUAAGCAAAGCCGUACAGACAAGAUUGGGACCAUCCGAAAAUGAAGACGACCCUUCUAUUGUAUUCGAGAAGAAGAUGGAUCAACUCGGUGUUAAAGCAAGGACGAUGAAGUAUGUGUCCAGUAAAAUUAUUCAGUCACUCAGUGACCUUCGAACAAGGUCAAUGUCACCCGGUGAAGCGAGCUGGGGCUUAUUUUCCGAAGCUGAGCAGCUUUCUGAGAAGUUAGCCCGCCUAGUGCGAGGAAUAAGCCAGGCAGUUAUUGAGGACCUGAACAAGCCUGACCACGAUGAGCAACUUUCUUAUUCUACUGUUGUAGAAUUGAUGGCGACCGCAGCAGUGCCAAUGCUCCAGAGGGAUGAAAGCGAGUCUGGCACCUCGGAGGACAUCUUCAGCAUCCUAGCCAAACACCUGCAGGUUCUUCAGACCAGGGUGGAUGACUUGUACAGCAGAUCAAGCGAUGUCAACAACGCUGUUGAAUUUGAGAAGCUCGCCGCACCAUGGAUCGCUCGGGCGAAAGAAGUGAAGUCUCAGAAGAUCUUGUCGCAAGCUCUGCAGGAAGAGAUGGCGCGUAUGAGAUCAAGAAUUCAAGAGCAGACCAUCAGAGUGAGUGAGAGAGAUAAACAAAUCGAGGAACAGCAGGUCAAGAUUGAGCUUCUAGAGUCAAGAGCCAAAGAAACCAAAGCCAAGGACGAUGGAGUCAAAGCAAUGAAAGUGGAAAUUGAAAAUCUUCAAUCAGAAAAACAGCAUGCAAAUGAGAGUCUACAGAAGCUGGAAGCCGAAUACAACACCUUGCUCAAGAGUCAGCAAGAUUCCAGAAUCGAGUUGGAAGCCAUCAAGCAGAGCAAGCUCUCCGAUGGGCAGAGUCUUGCACUCGGAGUGGCAGAUGAAUCGCUGUCGCUCCGUCUAAAGGCUGAAGCAGAUCUAUUGAAAGUCGAACUUGCCAGUUUGGAGGCGGCAGUCCGAUUUGUGAAAGCUGAAAAUCAGCGCUUACGCCUCCCAGUUACCGAAGCAGGCGUGACUGCGAUCAGCAAUUCAUGGCUUGAUCCAGACAAACUCAAGCCAGCCAAAGACACAAGCCAAGUUCAGGAGAUGCGUUCUGAUUCGAAGCAGAUAUUCACGGAGCUGAUCCACAUGGCGAAACAGGCGAAACCUGUGAAACUGAAGGCGAAAUCUAUCUAUGCUACAGAAGCCAAGGGACACAUGUCUUGGUGGAGACCGGAGUCGGACACCACGCUUUAUCAAUUACUGCGGCAAAAAGAAGAUCUCGAGCGAUGGAAUCAAGCAAAAACCGAUGUGGUGAAGCGAGCAAGACUGAUGAGCCGGUCAUCACGUGAAGAUGAUUUCGCAGUACCCAGGCUCGGCAUAGGACUACCAUUGGCGAAACUCCCUGUGCUGGAAGAUAUUGAUAUGGAGACCGAGUCUGCCGGGAAUGGGGUGCGCAUUGUCCAGAACUAA